AUGCUACCGGGCCCUCUUGUCAGUGUUUAUCAGCAGUACAAGCAAGACACGAAUGCUGUGGCUUCAUGGCUUGCGUCCACGGCCAAGUCAUGCGGUUAUCCCGCAGACCUGCUCUCUGGCGGCUCUUCUCAGGCGCUUACCCCUGAGACGUCCAAACGCCUCAAGGGAAAAGCCAGGAAGCAGGCGAAGGCUGCCGCUCCACAGUCACAGGGCUCUUCGUCGCGGCCCGCUCGCCCCGACUACACCAUUGCCAUCAAAGACUUCAUUCCGCUCGCUGAGUGUGUGGCAGCAUCCAAGAAGCCUGUUGUUGUUCCACUGGCUUUCGCUCAUACACUCAACCGUGUCAUUUCCACGCGGUCUGCGUUUGGCGGUCGACUUGCUGACCUCGGCAGCGCCCCCUCUGAUGACGCCAAUUCCAAGCACUCUUACUUUGUCGGGGUCCUGGAGCAGGUUCGACAAGUCCUCAAGCCACGAGUUCCACCUGCUUUUCAGGACGCAGCCAAUCCCCGCAACCCCUCAGACACUCUAGACGAGGUGGGCGGUAGGUUUGCAGGUCUGAGCGUCUAUGAACCGUCUGAAGAGUUCCUCAACGCCCCUGAUAUCAAGAGACCAGUACCGGUCAAGGAUGACAACGCCACAUAUGUCGUCGAGCCAAUUCAAGAUAUGGAGGAGGCCCUAUUUGCAUAUGCUCUCAUGAUCGACGACUUAACCAAGAUUCGGGCCCGAAUUGGAUGGAUAUGGGCUAAUUAUCGGGAUGGUCUUUCCGAGCCGGCAUCUGCCGCUGUUGCAACGAACACGGCCUGCGACCUCGCCCGUAACCUGAUGGAGGACAUGGCACCGAUUUUCAAGGCGCACGGAGGACCAGUAGAGAUCGCAAGCAAGUUCUAUCUAUGCCAGUGUUUGGACAACGGGUUCUUUCUCGACGAAAUUACCGACCCUGCCAAUGAGUUCAACUAUGGCACCUACGACAUCGCAAAUGAUACAUACAUGAUCCCAUUCAUCAUGAUCACGAGCUUCCUGACUGUCUUGGAUCCUAAAGACCUGCGUCUGUACAAAGAGGGCACGUUCGGUACAUAUGACCCGACCCGGGACUGGGACUCAAUGACCAACCAAGAAAAGUUCAAACAGGACAAGGUUCUGAUGAUGGAGGUCUUUGGCGAGCUUGUGACCGUUGCUCGAUGUAUUCCGAACUACCCUGUCUGUGACGAGUUCAUUCGCGGCAUGCAAGAGCUCGACCGCACCCGAGAAAUCCCCAUGUAUCUGGCCUUCACGGCCCAAGUCUUUCUCGAUAUCCAUCACGUAUUACGGGAAAAGGUUUACUCAGCACACGAAAAGUGCAUGUCAAACAUCAGAAUCAUGGACGAAGACCUCAGACUCCACCUAGAUUUCCAUACCAAGCUCCGCAUCAAGCACUGGCCAGCGUCGAACGACGAGAUGAUAAGGCAGCUUCGAGAGAAGAUCAAGUGGGUCCAGGAAGAUCCUGUGCACAAUGUCAAGGCGAAGGUUUUCGGUCAAUCGGCAAUCACUGCGCCCGCCCAUCGCAUUUUGAAAUACUCGCCUGUGCUCUCGGGCCUCAUUCUUUACCAUUUUCGCGCCCAGACAUACGAUUUAGGCCUCACAGUUGCCAACGCAUGGGGCUCGGUCGCCUAUUCGCUACACCUUUACAAUGCUCUACAGCAGGAAAGGCUCCUGUCGCCUCCCGGAUCCUCGGCAGAGACGUGGGAGGACAUGGACCUCGCGCUAACGAUUCUGAACGAGGGCAGCUUUUUCGUCGGCGCCGAGCUACCCAAGAACCCGCAGGACUACUUCAAGAAGUUCUGCCUCCAGAUGGGCACCACCGCGUCCGCCUUCAUGAAGAUCAAGCACAAGCGUAUGCGUAACCUCGAGGACCUGCACUCCAAGAAGGGACCACGCGGUAUCAAGGAGGACUGCGCGCCCGUUUCUGGCAUGUUCGUCGACCGUUAUGUCCACAACACGGGCCAGGUGGACUGGACCCCCGAGCACGUCGACCAGAUUGUCUCUUGUAGCCUCUUCGAGGAAGAGGGGAAGGACGAGGACGGUAAAGUCCUCUUAGGCCAGAUUGACGACCCGGAGAAGUUGCGUGAGCGCAAGAGGAACAUUGCCGCCGGCAGGGUAGGUAAGAAGACGACGGCUGCCGGCGCCCGUAUGCCCCCGGACCGACUCAUCAGAGCCCUCACCCUCGCACUCCACGCCGAGUCGAUUACGCUGGCGUUCCCUUACCUUACGCUGCACCGCACGUCCUGGCGUAUGCUUCGUGCGUUGCGAGAGGGCUGUGAGCCCUUACUGUUGAGGCGGUAUGGCCCUGAAUACAUGGAGAGGGAGAGCCAGCUGCCGUGGCUGGUUGGUUGGACUUUCAUGGCAUUGGCGGAGGGCGAUACUGGGAUUUUUGUCAAGGCUGCCGACACUCUAAAGGAGCAGUAA